AUGUUACCACGAGACGUUGUGCGGGCAUAUUUGAUCGUCGUUGACAAGUUGACCUCAUUAACCGAGGCAGAAAAAACGCUGUGGACACUGAUCGGUAUCAAUGUAGCUGUGUUUGGCUGCUGGCAAUCCUUUCGCAUGCUACCGUUCAUGACCAAGUGGUUUACACAUAACCCAGCAAAUCGAAACUCGUUAACCUCCUCCAUCACAAUGGUGACAAGCUGCUUUUCACACCAAGAGGUGUUCCAUUUGAUGCUCAACAUGAUGGGUCUUUAUUCGUUUGGUAUGGUCAUUCAUCAACAUCUCGGACGGGAACAGUUUGUUGCAUCCUAUCUAGCAACAGGUAUCGGUGCCAAUGUUGCCAGCCAUGUCCUGGGUCUCGCCACGCGUCGUUUCCGUCCGGUGAUGCCCAGCCUUGGUGCAAGUGGCGCUAUCUAUGGCUUGCUCGCUGGUACAGCUUAUCUCUACCCCAAUUCAAGCGUUUCACUGAUAUUCUUGCCGUUUAUACCGAUCAAGAUGGGCUAUGCGCUGCCAGCCAUGGUGGGCUUUGACUUUGCUGGUAUUUUGUUGGGAUGGCGGAGGUUUGAUCAUUACGCACAUUUGGCGGGUGCCGGUAUAGGCUUGUACUAUAUGCAUUACGGUCCUCACAACAUUUGGCAACCGCUCGUACAAAAGGUCCAUGAACUUCGUAGAAACAACGAUAGUAAAUCUAACUAG